AUGUCACAGAUACCACCUGCUAGUAUAGGUACCUUUACAAGUGAAACAGAAUCAACUAAUACUUACGAUCCAACAACCAACAAAUAUCAUAUUAAAAAUCAAAGACAACAACAAAAUCCCCUGGCAAUUAGAAGAGUUGCAAGAAGAGCUUGUUUAUCAUGUCGUGAAAAGAAAAUAAAAUGUGAUGGUGAACCAAUUAGUACAAUCACUAUUGCUGAUGGUACAAGUAAAGUUAUGCCUGAAAAAACUAGAAUUUGUUCAAAUUGUGCAUUUUUAGAUAUUGAAUGUAUAUUUGUUCAAAGUAAUCGUGGUGGUAGAAGGAAAAAGAGAACUCCAACUAACGAUGAAAAUUCAGACUCACCUGAUAUACUGAAACGGAAUAGAAUUGAUAUAGAAAAUGAUAACAAUAGUAGUUUGGCAUCAUCGACUGAAAGAUUAAGUUCAUAUAUAUUAGGGACAACUAAUCCAAAUAGAUUGCCAUCUCCUGUUCAAUCACAAAUAAGUACUCCAUUUGAGAAAAUUGCAUCAAAUAAACGCGCAUCAAUUAGUGAUACAGCUUCAUCAAUACCAAAUAAUUACAAUUUUCCAAGAGCUCCACCACCUCCUCCAUCUUCAGCAACUUUUGAUACAAUGAGUCAACAACAUCAAGAUUAUUUUCAUCAUACUCACUUACCUCCAUUACAUCAUCAUCAUCAGCAACAACCAUCAUUUCAAUCAAAUAAUUUCUACUCAUUACCCCCACCACCUCCAGCAUCCAAUUCAGAAAGUGGUUUUGGUUCCCGAACUAUACCAGCUCUACCAAUACCACCAAUACCUCCUCCAUCACAUCAUUUUGGACCACCACAACAUUUUCAUUUUCAUGGACCUCCGCCUCAUCACUUUCAUGGACCACCACCACAUCGUCGUCGUGGAGGACCUCAUGGAUUUGGAUUUGGACCACCACCACAUCAUCGACAUGGACCACAUGGACCUCAUUUUUAUGGAGAACCACCAUUACAUAGACAUGGUGAACAUCAUCAUAGACAUAGACCACCACCACCACCUCAUUUUUGUGAUUCUUAUUAUGGAGAAGAUGAAAGUUCUCAUUCACGUUCAAAUUCACGUUCGUCAUCACCCGAAUUAACAGAUAUGAGUAAAACAAAUUCAUCUUCAAUGUCUGAUAAAAUGAAGAAACCAUUUGAAGAUAAACAGAAACCAUCACCAAUAGUUAAGAGUACCAAUAUUGAAAUUGAUCAAGAUGCACCAUUUGCUGAUUUUGAGUUAUCUAGAUAUGAAUUACCAAAGUGGUCUACAUUAAACAAGAUAUUAAAUUAUUAUUAUAUCUAUAAUCAACCUUCACACCAAUUUUUUCCAUUUAAAUCAAUACUACUACAAAACUUAUCAUUAAAUAUCGAUGCUUCAAUAAUUCAUGCUAUAAUAGCGACGGUAAUUUUGAUUAUUAAAAGAAAGGAACCAAAUUUGAAAGUUGAAUUUGAUGAAAUAUAUUGGAUUAAUAAAAUGUAUAAAUAUUGGGAAAAUUUAAAUGAUUUAGGAAUAUUGGCAUGUUAUAAAUUAAUUUCAAAAUGUACUUCUAUUAGAUUCAAUACGAAAAGAAUUAAUAAAAUUAAUAUUAAAAUUUGGGAAAUUAUAUCUGAAAACAAUUAUAUUGAAAUAUUUAAUCAAAAGAAAUUUGAAUUCAAUAAUCAAGAUAAUAAUAAAUUGAUUCCAUAUGUUCCUAAUUUUGGUACAAAAAGACAAAUUUACGAACGUGAAGUUAUAUUAAAUUUAAUUUGGACAUUUUAUAUUAAUCAUAUAAUUAUAUUGAGAUUUAAUCAAGGUAGACCAUACUAUAAACUAAGUACAAUCUUGGAUGGUUUCAAAUUUGAUUAUGAAAGAGAUCAUUAUUCGAAUAAUAUUUUACUACCAUUAGAUUCAUUGAAUUUUAAUCAUUUGAAGGUUGAUAAUAGAGCUUCGUGGUCUCAGUUACAUGAAAAAGAUUAUGUACCAUCAGAUUCAGCAAGUUUGAUUAUAAGUUCUAAAAUUUUUGAAAAUCUAAUGACAAAGUUAUCAAAUUCAAACUUAAAUGUUGAGAAUCAAAUUUAUAAAGAUGAGUAUAAUGUUCAUUUUAAGGAAAAGAUUUCAAAUUUAUACUACAACAUAAUUGAAAGCAAAAACCUCAUUGUUAUAAAUAACACGUAUUGGUUUGCCAAUUUAAUUUUAACAAUUGUUGAAAUAAUUCAGUAUGAUUCAUUUAUUAAUAAGGUUAUGAUUUUCAAAACCUCAAGGUUUGAAUUUAAAAGAAAUGAGGAAGUAGAAAAUGGAGAAGAGAUUGAUGAAGUUGAAGCAAAAGAAAAUGAACGACAAGAAAUUGUUGGAUCUUUUAUGAAAUUGAUAAGUGAUGAAUUCUUGCCAGAGACAAAUUUAACUGAAAAAUUGAAACAUUUCGACCUAAACCAAUGGAAAAGUUUAAUUGAAUUAACUAAAUCCUUGAAAAAUUAUAUUAAAUUAAUUGAGUUAAUUCCAAAUUUAGAUUAUUCAAACUAUUCAAUUGUAAUUGGACCUACAAUUUUAGAAGAAAUUAAUGAUAAAAAUAGUAUAAAUGGAAUUAUACAAAAGGAUUGGUUUGAUAACCCGCAAUUGAGAUCAAAUGUAAAACAAUCAUGGAAUAAAUUACCAAUGUAUACAUUAUCAUUAUCAACAGCAAAUUUAUCAAUUUUUUCAAGUGUUGCAGUAUUGACUAAAUAUUUAAAAUUUUAUAAAAAUGAAUCAAAUAAUAAAUUAAUUGUUGAAUUCGUUCAAGAUAGUACAAGAAAAGAUCUUGAUAUAGUUGUUGAAGAUGACGAAUUCAUCAAUAAUUUCAACCAAAAAUUGAUCUUAAAUCAAAUUAGUACAUUAUGUGAAUUUAUCAAAUUUAAAUUGUAUUAUAGUAAUGAAGAAGUUAUGAUGAAUACAAUCCAAGCUAUGAAUAAAGUAAAUGAACAUUUGGAUUCAAUAUUAAGUAGCUAA